GGUGGCCGUGAGAGAGAAGGGGGGGCGCUAGGUCACGUGACGGUUCCAAUAUGGCGGCGCCGUGCCGCUGUCCAUCACCACCACCGCCAGCGUUACCUCUGAGGGAGCCGCGUCUCUUCCGGAUCGUGGAGCCCAGCUGCGGCCGAGCCCCGUGAGCGCCGCUUCCCGCCCCGCUUGGGAUAGACGGCGACGGGAAAGCCUUCAAGCCUCGCGGCGGCCAUGCAGCCCCCGGCCCGCGAGGAAGACACCCGCACCAAGAGCAUGUUCGUCUCGCGGGCCCUGGAGAAGAUCCUCUCCGAGAAGGAGGCGAAGCGGCCCCCUCACGGGCAGCUGCGGAGGGCCUGCCAAGUGGCGCUCGAUGAAAUAAAAGCAGAAUUAGAAAAGCAAAGCCAAGGCAAUGAAACCACUUCAAAAGCAAACUUCAUUGAAGCUGAUAAAUAUUUCCUCCCAUUUGAGUUGGCCUGCCAGUCGAAGUCCCCACGGAUUGUCAGCACCUCAUUGGACUGCUUGCAGAAACUUAUUGCAUAUGGACAUAUCACUGGCAAUGCUCCAGACAGUGGAGCUCCUGGAAAACGCCUGAUUGACCGCAUUGUUGAAACAAUCUGCAAUUGCUUUCAGGGUCCUCAGACUGACGAGGGAGUGCAGUUACAAAUUAUAAAGGCUCUUCUCACCGCUGUCACGUCCCCGUAUAUCGAAAUUCACGAAGGAACAAUCCUUCAGACUGUUAGAACUUGUUACAACAUUUAUCUAGCCAGUAAAAAUCUCAUUAAUCAAACAACUGCCAAGGCUACUCUCACUCAGAUGCUGAAUGUCAUUUUCACCCGGAUGGAAAACCAAGCUAUACAAGAGGGAAGAGACCUGGAAAAAUCAAAUCAACAAAAACCCCAGUCUCCGAUGAUUCAUAGUGCUUCAGGGUCUCCCAAAUUUGGCCGAUUGAAAUACAGCCAGCAUGGAAGCAGACCCUCGACUCCUGUCAAAACAGACUUGACUAAUGGUGAGCCUGAAAGAAAAGAAAAUGGAGACCAGAAACCAGAGGACAGUUUGACACCACCUGUAUUCGAAGAAGAAACUGAUGAAGGCAAAGAAAUUGUUAAAGGAAUCUUGGAGGAUGUGGUGACAUCUGCAGUUAGAGCUUCUUUAGAAGAAGAAAUGAAAAAACCGUCUCUUCCUGAAUCGGUUAGGAUUUUAUCUGACUUGGCAAGUGCAGUUCCUGCCUCUCCUGGUGGUAUUAAUGAAAACACACAAGCAAAUGGAAUUCCUGAUGAUAGACAGUCUGUCUCCUCCACGGAUAAUCUGGAAACUGAUGUACCUGGGCCUCAGGCAGCUGCCAGAUUCUCCCAUAUCCUUCAGAAGGAUGCCUUCCUUGUGUUUCGGUCAUUGUGCAAGCUUUCGAUGAAACCGCUUGGUGAUGGGCCUCCAGAUCCCAAAUCCCAUGAACUCCGCUCUAAAAUAGUGUCUCUCCAGCUGUUGCUUUCGGUUUUGCAAAAUGCUGGUCCGGUCUUCAGGACACACGAAAUGUUUAUAAAUGCAAUCAAGCAAUACCUCUGUGUAGCAUUAUCUAAAAAUGGAGUAUCGUCCGUUCCUGACGUCUUUGAGCUCUCCCUUGCCAUCUUCCUCACCCUUCUCUCAAACUUUAAGACCCAUUUGAAAAUGCAGAUUGAGGUAUUUUUCAAAGAGAUCUUCCUGAACAUUUUAGAAACCUCUUCCAGUUCCUUUGAGCACAAAUGGAUGGUAAUUCAGACCUUGACUAGAAUUUCUGCAGAUGCUCAGUGUGUAGUGGACAUAUAUGUGAACUAUGACUGUGAUUUGAAUGCUGCUAAUAUUUUUGAACGGCUAGUAAAUGACUUAUCUAAAAUUGCCCAGGGAAGGAGUGGACAUGAGUUAGGCAUGACACCGCUGCAGGAACUAAGCCUACGGAAGAAAGGUCUUGAAUGUUUGGUCUCUAUAUUAAAGUGCAUGGUAGAAUGGAGCAAAGACCUAUAUGUGAACCCCAACCAUCAGGCCAGCGUUGGUCCAGACAAGCCUUCAGAACAUGAAAUGGGGGAAGUCAAAUGUUUAGAUAUUGGGGGAAGAAGAAGUAGCGCAAGCUCCUUAGAUUCAACAGUCUCCUCUGGAGUUGGAAGUGUUGGCACCCAGACUGCUGUCCCUGAUGAUCCUGAACAAUUUGAGGUGAUCAAGCAACAAAAAGAGAUAAUUGAGCACGGGAUUGAACUGUUUAAUAAAAAGUCCAAGAGAGGACUGCAGUAUUUGCAGGAACAGGGAAUGCUUGGAGUAACAGCAGAAGACAUAGCACAGUUUCUGCACCAAGAAGAGCGCCUGAGUUCUAGCCAGGUGGGAGAAUUUCUGGGGGACAGUAACAAGUUUAACAAGGAGGUGAUGUAUGCCUACGUAGACCUGCUUGAUUUCUGCGGAAAAGACUUUGUCUCUGCUUUACGCAUAUUUCUGGAAGGAUUUCGGUUACCUGGUGAAGCUCAGAAGAUUGACAGACUAAUGGAAAAGUUUGCUGCUAGAUAUAUUGAAUGCAACCAAGGUCAAAUUCUGUUUGCUAGUGCCGACACAGCUUACGUUCUAGCAUAUUCUAUUAUAAUGUUGACAACAGACUUGCAUAGUCCCCAGGUGAAGAAUAAGAUGACGAAAGAGCAAUAUAUAAAAAUGAAUCGUGGGAUCAAUGACAGCAAAGACCUUCCAGAAGAGUAUUUAUCUACUAUCUAUGAUGAAAUAGAAGGGAAGAAAAUUGCAAUGAAGGACGCGAAAGAAUAUGCAAUCACACCAAAAUCUACUAAGCCAAAUGUAGCCAGUGAGAAGCAGCGAAGGUUGUUGUACAACCUGGAGAUGGAGCAAAUGGCAAAGACAGCUAAAGCUCUAAUGGAGGCAGUGAGCCAUGCAAAGGCACCUUUUACUAGUGCAACUCACCUGGAUCAUGUCAGGCCCAUGUUCAAACUUGUGUGGACUCCGUUACUGGCUGCUUAUAGUGUGGGUCUUCAGAACUGCGAUGACACUGAAGUUGCAUCAUUAUGCUUGGAAGGAAUACGCUGUGCCAUCCGAAUAGCCUGUAUUUUUGGCAUGCAGCUUGAACGAGAUGCUUAUGUGCAGGCACUUGCCCGCUUUUCCUUGUUGACUGCCAGCUCCAGCAUCACAGAAAUGAAACAGAAAAACAUAGAUACAAUUAAGACCCUCAUUACAGUGGCCCACACUGAUGGCAACUACCUUGGAAAUUCCUGGCAUGAGAUCUUGAAAUGUAUCAGCCAGCUGGAACUAGCACAGCUCAUAGGGACUGGAGUUAAAACACGCUACCUGUCUGGAUCUGGGCGCGAAAGAGAAGGGAGCCUCAAAGGCUUCACAUCUGGAGGAGAAGAGUUCAUGGGUCUUGGACUAGGUAACUUCGUUGGCGGAGGUGUUGAUAGAAGGCAAAUAGCCAGUAUUCAGGAAUCUGUGGGAGAAACCAGUUCGCAAAGUGUGGUGGUGGCAGUAGACAGAAUAUUUACAGGUUCAACCAGACUGGAUGGAAAUGCAAUAGUGGACUUCGUUCGGUGGUUGUGUGCUGUUUCCAUGGAUGAGUUAGCUUCCCCUCACCAUCCACGCAUGUUCAGCUUGCAGAAGAUUGUUGAGAUCUCCUAUUACAACAUGAACAGAAUUAGGCUGCAGUGGUCCAGGAUAUGGCAUGUCAUUGGAGAUCAUUUCAAUAAGGUUGGUUGCAAUCCUAAUGAAGACGUGGCCAUCUUUGCGGUUGAUUCAUUGAGACAGCUCUCAAUGAAGUUCCUUGAGAAGGGAGAGUUAGCCAACUUCCGAUUUCAGAAAGACUUUCUGAGGCCAUUUGAGCAUAUUAUGAAGAAAAACAGGUCUCCUACAAUUCGAGAUAUGGUAAUACGCUGCAUUGCUCAGAUGGUAAAUUCUCAAGCUGCUAAUAUUCGCUCAGGGUGGAAAAAUAUCUUCGCAGUAUUUCAUCAAGCGGCGUCUGAUCAUGAUGGGAAUAUUGUGGAGCUGGCGUUCCAGUCAACGGGACAUAUAGUUACCAAUAUUUUUCAACAGCAUUUUCCUGCAGCAAUAGAUUCAUUCCAGGAUGCCGUAAAAUGUUUAUCAGAGUUUGCCUGUAAUGCUGCUUUUCCAGACACCAGUAUGGAAGCAAUUAGGCUUAUUCGUUAUUGUGCAAAAUACGUUUCAGAAAGACCUCAGGUUUUGAGAGAGUACACAAGUGACGACAUGAAUGUGGCCCCUGGGGACAGAGUUUGGGUUAGAGGCUGGUUCCCCAUUUUAUUUGAACUUUCUUGUAUCAUCAAUCGGUGCAAGCUAGAUGUGCGGACGAGAGGCCUAACGGUUAUGUUUGAAAUCAUGAAGAGCUAUGGCCAUACCUUUGAACAGCACUGGUGGCAAGAUCUGUUUCGAAUUGUGUUUCGGAUAUUUGAUAACAUGAAGCUUCCAGAGCAGCAGACAGAGAAAUCUGAAUGGAUGACUACUACGUGUAAUCAUGCACUUUAUGCAAUCUGUGAUGUAUUCACUCAGUUCUAUGACGCUUUGAAUGAGAUUCUUCUUGCUGACAUAUUUGCACAGUUACACUGGUGUGUAAAACAAGAUAAUGAACAGCUGGCUCGAUCGGGUACUAACUGCCUAGAAAGCCUGGUAAUAUUAAAUGGGCAGAAAUUUAGUCAUGAAGUCUGGGACCAAACCUGCAAUUGUAUGCUAGAGAUCUUCAAAACUACAAUUCCUCAUGUCUUGCUGACAUGGAGACCAGCAGGAAUGGAAGAUGAUUCAUCUGAAAAGCACUUGGAUAUGGAUCUAGAUCGCCAGUCAUUAAGCAGCAUAGAUAAAAAUGCUUCAGAAAGGGGACAGAGCCAGUUUUCAAAUCCUACAGAUGAAAGCUGGAAAGGUGGCCCUUAUUCAAACCAGAAACUCUUUGCCAGCCUCCUUAUUAAGUGUGUUGUGCAGCUGGAAUUGAUACAGACCAUUGAUAACAUAGUAUUUUACCCAGCAACAAGCAAGAAGGAAGAUGCUGAGCAUAUGGCUGCUGCUCAGAGGGACACACUAGAAACAGACAUCCACAUUGAUACUGAAGACCAAGGAAUGUACAAAUACAUGUCUUCCCAACACCUGUUCAAGUUGCUGGAUUGUUUGCAGGAGUCCCAUUCAUUUUCAAAAGCUUUUAACUCAAAUUACGAACAAAGGACCGUCCUGUGGAGAGCAGGGUUCAAGGGUAAAUCCAAGCCUAAUCUUUUAAAACAAGAAACCAGCAGUUUGGCUUGCUGUCUGAGAAUCCUCUUCCGAAUGUACGUUGAUGAAAAUCGCAGAGACUCCUGGGAAGCUAUACAAGAGAGACUCCUGAAUGUGUGCAGUGAGGCGUUGGCCUAUUUUAUCACCGUGAACUCAGAGAGCCACCGAGAGGCCUGGACCAAUCUCCUGUUGUUACUUCUAACAAAAACACUAAAAGUCAGUGAUGAAAAGUUCAAAGCACAUGCUUCAACAUAUUACCCCUACUUGUGUGAGAUAAUGCAGUUUGACCUUAUCCCAGAGCUCCGAGCAGUACUGCGGAAGUUUUUCCUGCGCAUAGGUGUAGUAUUCAAAAUCUGGAUUCCUGAAGGACAGUUGCGGACGACGGGGACCCACUCGCUUGCAUGGUAGCUCCAUCACUGCUCUUUCCCAAAGCUUGAGUUGUGCUAAGUUCAAAGAAUGGAUGCAGAGAGAGGGAGAUUGUACUCAAAGAAGAUGAAACAACCACUGGAACAGAUCAAAAUAAUAGCAUUUCUAAAGGAAAACUGUCUCCUUUAUAUAAAAAAAUUCUGGCUUCCCUAUAAGAAUAGCUGUUGAGCAUUUUGCAAUUUAAUGCAGUAAAUGUCAAGUCAUUCUUAUCACAAAGCUUGUGUCUUCAAAUCUGUUGUUUGCAAUGGUUCCUUCUUAAUGCCUUUCAGCUAAUUGCCCAUAAUCUGUUGGAAAUGAUGAAUGAAUGGAAAAUGAGAUAAUAGCGAAUAUAUUCAUAUAGACCUGUGAUGUUAGCAAAUGUAUUAAUAAAUAUUUAAGAGAGGGCUUAAAUUCAUCCGAAAAUCAUGCUGGGACAUCUGGUCUCCCACGCCCCCAUUUGGGUGGAUUCAACCUCUGUGUGAAUACGGGGUGCUUUUUUGUUUUAAUGAUUUGGUGCUGUCUAUUCUGCAAAGUCAUAGCAAGAUGGCAGUUGGGCGGUAGUAUAACCAACAACCUAGCAAGAAUCCAAAGAGAUAAUUGAUCUUCAUCACCCUCCCUGCCAACUUACAUGUUGCAGAAAGUGUGUGGUAAAUCAUUCCCAGAACUGCACCAUAUCAUGUUGGCCUGGACCUUCAUUGUUUUUCAUCAUAAGUAAAUACCCUUGAUACUAGAUCUGUAUCAAGAAAAUAAUUUGCAGUAUACGGUAUUGCAAAGGAAAUACUACCCCCCUCACCAAAUGUAGCAGGAGAAAACCAUUACACGUGAGCCUCUUAAUCCCAUUACUAAAUCUCUCAUGCCUUGAAUGCACCACGAAGCUUGAUAUCUUUGAAAAUUCUUCUGAUUCUUGACUAGUAUGGAGGAAAUGGCAAACGAAACUUUCGAAUUAAUAUUUGAAUUGCACAUUGAAUGAAUUAAAAUGUAUAGCAGUUGGUCAAGCCCUUCCCCUUUUGAAUAAUAUAUAGAUUAACAUUUUGGUAGAAGCAGUCUAUCUUUAAUGUGCAUUAAGAUAUUUCUAUUUUUAUUGCAGAAUUGUGAGUUGCGGUUGUUUUUAAUGGCUUGGUUAGUACUUUAUUGUCAAUAGUUGUAUGAGGGCAAAGAGUCUGGUUCCUAUUGGGACCACUUGAUUUAUUAAUAUAAGUGCACAUGUACUUGUGACGAAAUCCUGUUUGUUAGGGGCAAUAGGAAGCAAACUUGCAGUUUUAUCAGUGCAGUUCUAUUGGCUCUACUGACUUUGGAUCGGGGGGUAGAGUUGUUUUGUUUAUUUGUAAGACCAUGUCUUAGUAUUCUUGGCCUAGUAGAGGAAAUAGUUUUGUACGGUAUAGCAGGCUAGAACCUGUUUAGUUGUAUUUCAACUCUCCGAUAUGAGUGUAAGAUUUGCAUAAGAGGGCAGGAAGGGAAUUGUUUCCGUCCAAAUGUGUGUAUAUAUUAAAAAAUGCAAGCGCAAGAGUAUUAUUAAGCAUAUUUUGUACUUACCCAUAUCUGCAAAUAAGAAUGGUAAAAGUAUUAACUUAAUUGGGGGUGGGGAAAUGGUAGUUGGUUGGCUGCAAUCCUAAGCAAGCGUUCCUGAAGUUCCAUUGAAAAUGGUAACGCCCGAGUUGAAAUGUGAUUGGGGUUCAGUGUAUUUGGAACUUUUUGCUUUGUAAAUUGAGUUUGGCUGUUUAGCUCAACCAAAGUUGUUGAGGUUUUUGGAGAACCAGAAUUGACGGCUGGAUUUGUUUUAUUAAAUACUGGUGCUCUCUUUCUCUAUCUCAAGUUAAUUUUGUUUUAUAUUUGUGUUUGGUCAUUAAUAUAAGUAAGAACAGUUUCUGACGUUUAAUUUCUCUACCAAAGAAUUUUUUGCAUAAGAGCUGCAGCAUUUGUCUCAUAUGAAGUACGUUGACAGAAAUGUGAGUAAUUUAUUUUAAAAGAUUGUGGUGGCAUUUUGCCACAGUGAAAAAAACAAUAGUCUGACUUUCUUCAAAACUGAAAGAAAUUUCAACUUUUAAGUUUGCAUCAUAAAUAUGUAUUUCACUGUGUACCAAGUCAUUUAUUGUUUAUAAAUAUAUAUAUAUAAAUUUACAUCCACAUAUUCUUUAAUUGGACAUAUUCUUUAACUGAGCUGUUUAUUUUUUCCACUGCUAUGGUUCUGCUAUUAAUACAUUGUAUGAAUGCAGCUUGGCCUCCACCCCGUUUUGUCAAGUGUUACCUGCUCAAAGUUGUAGCUGUUUGUCUUUUAUUAAGAGAGCAUGGCAACAUUACAGCUGCUUCAGAAUCUGAAAGAGAAGUGCAAUACCCUUGGGACUGUAAUAGUAUCUUCCAGAACUUUGCAAUGUAAAAUAAUAUCAAGAAGCUUUAUAUGUGAGAUCUUAGCUUAUAGAUAACAUUCUGAUCAUACAACUUAGAACCUUUGAAAGCCUUAGUGUUAAAUGACUUCGUUUCCUUCAGAAAGCUGUUAGCAGUCAACAGUUACAUUUUCAAGUUGCUGAACUUUAAUUUAAUGACAUUUGGAGGGGCGGAGGCGGGGAUCUAGAUUACCAUAUGGUGUGUGUGUGUGUGUGUGUGUGUGUGGAGAGAGAGAGAGAGAGAGAGACUCCAUAAUAGCCUUACUCCAGAGGUUCCUGAAAGUGUGUGUGUACUAGAUCUGUGGAGAUUGAUAUAGUACAUGUACUGUCUGGAUGUGUUCUUGCAGUGGCUUUGGGCUUCAGUGUACCUUUUCAUUUUGUCAGCACCAAACUCCACAGACGUUCGUAACAAUGAUAGGAAUUCUUUCCGGCUGCUUUCACAGCAAUUCAUUUGAGUGCAGAUCAUGGUGCAGAUUCUGCAGACUAAACACAGAACCUCCUAUAGACUUCCUUCGACCCACAUGAAAUUUGAUUCAGCCGGUACAGGUCAGCAGCAGAAUUCUGUGUCUUGGAUCCAAUGUAGGAUUAGAGGUUUGUGUAAGGUCCUAUGUACAUAUUUCUGCCCAUCCGUUAACCAUAACUUAGAGAUCAGGAGCAACCCAUGGACACAUGCAGAACACAGGCCCCUUCCUCCCAUUUCUAGUAUGAAUUCCUACCCUCUGUCCUUAUCAGCAUUAACCAUGGUUUAGCUUUACCACUAUACUGUCUGCACUCGUGGUUAACAGUCAUCAGGUUUCCUCUUAAACCAGUGGUUGCAGACAUGCUUCUCAACAGUUUUAAGAUGUAAACUCUGGUUAGCAUUAACCCUGGUUAUUGCUGAUGCAGACACAUUGUUAAACUAUGAAUUGGGAAUUGCGGCAGCAGGAAUAGGAACUGGAGAAGGGAGAUAAGAACACACACAGCCUGCUCAUAUUCUCUUUAACUGUGGCUGUCCAGCAUUGUAUCUACAGUAGCCCACAGAGCACUCUUACAAUUGGAGACAUUUAAACUGAUGAAAAGUAAGCUAUGCCACAGUAAAAUGUGUAGAAUACAGUCUGACAAGAUGUACAAAUCUACAUGUAGUCAAUAUUUGGAAGAGGCACUCUACAGUAAACAGGUGAGGAAAAACGGUUAACAUAGACAGACGUCCUGAAGGGUUUGAGGUUGUCUUAAUGGAGCUUUAUUAUUAUUCUUUUUGCACCCUUUUCUGAAAAUUAAGUUUAUUUAUUUAAAUUCUAAACCAGAGAUAGAACUAAAGUCCAGUACAGCUCCUGUAUGUUAAAGGUCUGUAGUAUAAAUUCAAACCGAGGCUCAAAUGUCUUAAGCCUGCAUAUUUGCACACAAGCUGGUUUAUUUUUUGAGCAAAGUUGAUGGAAUAAAGUUUGCUUAAAUCUUUGUGUGUUGCAUUUUAUAAGGGUAGUUUGCUUACCACUAGCACAAUCGUGUUUGAAGAUAACGUAAGCCAGUGUAAAAUGGCCAGUGAAAUUUGCCCCCAAAUUUUAUUUUAACAUUUAAUCAGAUGAUAUGAUCCUUGGCUUGAAACAAUUUGUGAGAGGUGCAGUUCCUAAAUGUCUUGACAUUUUGUCCAGAAUAUCUCUUUGCAACUUUAAAUAAAAUAUACUUUGUGCAAAAUGUUUUACCUAUAUAAAUGCCUAAAAUUAGUUACAAGCUACUUUUUUUCUUAAGAGAUCUUCUAUUAUGAAGUGCAUUUAAUAUCAUUAAGUUAAUGAAAAGCAUUCCUUGCCCGAUGGAUGUAUACAUUUUUGAGAGAAUAGCAGAAUAAUUAUAUAAUUAUGAAAAGCUAUGUAAAGUUUUUUACAUAAAAAUAUUAUGUAUAAUACUGUUGUAUUCCAUGCUUUAAUCAGGUGGUAAAUAAAAGUUUAAAAACAAA